AGAUGCUCCUCAUAAAUGUUUAGGGGGUGUGCCGUAUGGGAGGAGCUGAGAUGCUUGAGCUUGUGGAGCUGAACAAAACAUGCAGAAGUUUUACUAUGUUGAAUCUUCUUCUUCUGCUGUGUCUCGUCUAUCACAGCGAUGGAGUGACAGUGACGGAGCGUGUGUUGAUGUUCGGUGGUGUUGGACUCGCUGCUUUUGUGUUUUUUCUGGCUACAUUCAUCGCAGGAGGAAUCAUUCACUAUCACGGCUGGCAGAAAGGAUGGAAAGAAGCAAAACGUGCUGCUCUGACUGAUCAAAAAUCAGCUAAAUGACAAAUUUGUGUGCUUUAUUGUACAAUCUAACUCAGUAUUGAGCAUUUCUGUCACCACUGAUGGAGGUUCAGUGUGGUUUUAAUGUUAAGAAAAAUACAAAAGUGUGUUAUUGAGUUUUAUUUGAGUUUUAUAAAUGCCAUGUGGCAUUGGUUGUCAUUCAGGAAGAUUGUAAUUAUGACAAUCGGUUAUGGUAAAGUGAGUAGAGCAUUAGUGCCCCCUCCUGGCUGAGUGUUUGAUGUGCUGGCGAACUUGUUUUGAUGCAUGGUGCAUAUAUUGGAAAGACGAUUAUUAAACAUGGUUUUGUUUCCUUCAAGCAUGGCUUCAGUGAGUCCAAAAAUGAACUUUCUGUUUCUUCAAAAUCCCAGGUGGCUGCUUGGCCACAACAGUUCUGUUCAGAUCUUCUGUUGUGGCAAAAUAAUUAUUUGUGGUUAAUAUUCAGUAAAAUAUCAAUGCUGCUGCUUCUGCCACUGUCUUUAAUACAGUAUUUAUUAAUUCAACAUCAAUAAACUAUAUUCAAGCUCAGAGUUUAAGUAGCAUGUUUUAAUCAACUGCAGUUUUUACAUGUAGAUAUUAAUAAGAAAAACUUGAGUCAAGUUCUGUCACAGCCAAAACAAGCAAACACAUGCUUGAACUUCAUUAGAAGACUUGUCAGAAAUCUAGAUAUUACAUAUUGAUUUGAAUUAAAGAGAAGUAUAAUUGUUUUUUAUGACGCAUAUGAAGCUUGAUUACAUAACUUCAAUGUUAAAUGUGUUUGUUGAGAGUUAUGAUCAAAUAAACAGCAGUAAAACUAAGUGUUUGUGUAUUUUCAGACAGAAAACCGUAUCCUGAACUUAAGAUUGGAACUUAAAGCCUACUGCUAGAAUCUAAAAAUAAGUACUACCAUGAAAAUAGAUACUAGUAGCCUACGUUUGAAUUAUUAGCUAAAUGUUUAAACGCAUGCUAUGGUUCCUUUAACCAAAACAGCCAAUGAGGGAGAGGAGGAGGAGCUCUUCUGAUUCAGCGCGAGCUUCGAGGGCGUGUCUAUCAGCAAACUUCACUCUCUGUCCGUCUCUGUCCUGUGAUGCUUGUGAUUGUGAAGCCUGGACAUAACACCCACAACUUUUACCAUGUUGAAUCUUCUUCUUCUGCUGUGUCUCGUCUAUCACAGCGAAUCCAGCUCUAUAUCUGUGACAGGAAUAAAGGGAGGCCGCGUGACCCUGUCAUGUGACUUUGAGGACAGAGAGAUUUUGGUCAUUCAUUUAAUUAGUCGGUCAGAAAUCAUCUCUGUGUGUCAGGAGAAAAACUGUAGUGGUCGAGUGUUUAAAGAAGGAUCAUGUGACGUCAUCAUCAAGGAUCUGAUCUUCAGUGACGCUGGGAAAUACUUUCUGAGAGUUUAUUACUAUAAUGAUCAGAGAGAACUGGAGUAUCAUCUUCAUAUUCAUGAUGAGAUUUCUGUGGAAACAGGAGAGCAGCUGAAGAUGGAUGUUCUGUUGAUCAAUGCUGAUAAAGUGGAGAAAAACUCCAGUGGAGAGUGGACAGAGGUGUGGACGAGAGGUCACGGGGUCAGCAGUGAUCGACUGACCGACAGAGAUGGAAAUCUGACCAUUAGUAAUUUUACAGUCUCUGACACUGGAACAUACAGAGUUCUGGACUCUGAAGGAGAAAUCUUGAUCACAGUCACAGUCACAGAAUCGAAGGGAAAUCUGAAGAACACAGAUGAAGAUGAAACUGACUCUGAACAUCACAGUUAUUGGAUUGUGGCAGUUGUACUGACUGUGAUUCUGAUUCUGGCUGCUGUGGUGUUACACAAGCAUCUGCUCAGAGAUCAUGAUCAGAGUGUCUGUAGAAGGAGAGAAGAGGAACUGAGAUCAGGAGAUCCAGAAGCGCUGGAGGUCUAUAAUGAUCUCUGUCGAGGGUCUGGAGAACAUGAUCAAACUCUACAGGGUUCAGGACACACAGUGACAUCACUGGAUAAUACUGGAAUCUGAUCAUAGUUUAACACAGUAUUGAUCAUCACACACUGAAUCUGCUCCUCAGGUUAAUGAAGAGAUCUGUUCAUUCACUCCCUCCAUCUACAUUUACUGCUCAUAUUGAGUCUCAAACCCACCGACUGUCUAACCAUUAGGCCACAACUGCUCUGUAAACUAGCAAUUAUUGUUUUUAUUUUAUCCAUUAACUGUUGUACAGAAAAAGGGAAAGUGUUCAUAGUGUGAAGAGAGAGAAUGAAUAACUGUCUGUGAAAGACAGUGUGGAUGUAUGGGAAUAUUUUAUACAGUUUUCUAUGUAAAAAUGAUAUUUAUACGUUGCUUUUGAUUGUUUAAUUGGUCAUAUACAUAUAUUGGUCAUAUAUAUUGUGAAAAAUUAAACCACUUUUGAAAGAAAUGUUGUU